AUGUCAUUUGAGGAACCGGAUAAAAAGAAAAGUUUUUGGGAUAAGUGUGUUCUACCGAAAUAUGACGUUUGGGCAGAAGAAAUUAUCAGAUAUGUCAAUCCCAACGAGAACCCAUUGAAAAAGUGUGACCCUGAUUUGAAACCCUUGACUGAAUUGAAGAACGGAAAAUGGAAGGUCAUUAGCGAUGACAAGAAAAUGCAGUGUAAAUGGAGGUGUCACACUAGGAAAAGCGAGAAAGCCAAUAUUAUAAGUGAUUGGAGUUCGGAUGAAAAGGAGGUCAACUGCGAAAUAGUUGAAUCAUCUUGCUCAAAAGAUGGAAAAGAAAUUUAUGGAUAUCUUCAUUCACAAAUACUCCCAGUUCACGAUCCUCUAAACUCUGAGAAUAACAAUACAAACCGUAAUAACGAUACAAAAACAAACUACGACGUUUAUGUAAUUCUUAUCGACUCUCUGUCAUAUUCACAGGCGAAACGUUCCCUUCCGCGAACUCUUUCGUACUUCCAAAGUCAUAUGGACGCAGUUCCAUUUCCAUAUAUGAACAAAGUUGGAGAUAACAGUAGACCAAAUGGCGUCGCAAUUUGGUUUGGAAAAGCAUUAGAGAAGGUUGACCGUUCAUUGUUCGGUGAACCAUCGAUUGAGCCAGACUGGAAACAUCAGUAUUUUUGCUACACAUUUAAAGAUAACGAAUCUAACAUCUUCACCGAUUUCAAAAAUAAUGGAUACAAGACAUUGCUAGCUGAAGAUUGGGCUGCCGGAACGUUAAACUGGCCAAAUUGCAGAGGUUUUGAGAAACCAAUAACACACCACUACAUGAGGCCAUUUCAAAUUGCUUAUGAAAAAAGCGGAACUGAAAUGACGAAGAAACACUUGGACGGCAAAAGAUAUUGCCGAGAAUAUCAUCACACCCUGUUGGAUUAUAUGGAACAGUUUAUAAAUGCUUAUCCAGAUCAAAGGAAAUUUGCAUGGUUAUGGGCGACACAUUUGGGUCAUAACUCUGAAAACGGAAUUUUCCAUUCUGAUAAAGACAUUCAUAAUUUUUUCCUUAGGAAUCGAAAAGUGAUGGAUGAAUCGUUUGUUAUAAUUUUGGGUGACCACGGGUUGCGAUUUGGAAGUGUGAGAUCAACAUUUGUUGGGGGGCUUGAUGUCAACAAUCCGUUUACAAUGAUAUCUAUUCCGAAGAAACUGAGAAAGACGACGAACAUUCUAGAUAUUUUGAAAGAUAAUUCGAGGAAACUGCAAACCCAUUAUGAUACUCGCGCAACUUUAUUAGAUCUGUUGUUGCAUCAGCCAAAAAGCGCAUUUCUGGAAACUGAACCAAUUGACAUUCCUGGAGCUCGCGGCAAUUCGUUACUGCGAAGACAGCCGAAUUUUGAGAGAACCUGUCGAACACUUCCAAUUCCAAUGGAAUACUGUAUUUGUCAAUUUACUUCAACUCCACAGAACAAAAAUUCUGACAUAUCGAUUCAAGCGGGAAAAGCAAUCACUGAAAAAGUAAACAGUCUUCUUCGUCAAAAUAAUCUAACAGAAAAAUGUAUUGCAAUGGAUUACGAUAAUACGACAAAAAUUAGCUUGUAUGAUGACAAAUUGAACAACGCCUCGAUAUAUAAUGUUGAUAUUAUUACAAAAAAACCAAGUGAAGCAGCUUUCAAGGUUUGUGUGCAAUAUUGA